CUGCUUUGGCACAGAGUUGGGGGAAGUGAAUUCACCUAUGCAGGUUCUUUCAGUGAUGCUGCUUCACUAGUUCUUGAGACGAUCCCUGUUCAGUAAGAAAUUGUAGAUAGGUUACAUUUCAGGUACAAACCACUGAAGUCUUAAUUAGGACGCUGGCUUUCUCAAGAUGUUCUUGAUGGGAGAACUAGAGGAAGUUUAGUUUAUUUGCGGAUAUUGAACGACUUUAAACAAUGUUUGGACAAGUUUCUUCCGUUGAAGAUGAAGCCGGUGGCUGCUGGAGAGAACGGGGGGCCAGCACCACAGUAAUACUGAUGCAGAUGGAUCACUGUGUACGAAUUGCUUGGGAAUUCUCCUCUGGAUGGAUAUCAGUUGUGUAAUUUGUUUUCUCACAGCUCACAAUCCAGCUAGUUUAUUCUACUGUGAUUGUUUGGCGGUCAAAUAUGAGGUUUUUGCUGAUUGGAGCUGUCCGGCGUUGCUUUGGUCUUGUGUUGAUAUGCCUGGCCUUCAGCAGUAUUGAGCAACCAGAACUACAUGCAGUGGCUUCCUCCAUAUUUAGGACAUGUGACUGCAUUCUGUAUUGAGAGCCAUCCUGCUAAAUGCAUAAUACUUGCAGGUAUUUGUGUUGUGUUUGCAACGCGAUAGCUUUUGCGCUACCAAACAGCCGACAUGGGUGCCGUGCAGCUCGAGUCUGUUGCUGCUCAACAUGCACAAGCUAAGCUAAAUGUGGAAUCACUUCCUCAAGGCCCUUCGUUGUUUGAUGGAAAUGACACUGCCAGGAUCAAUGGUUCCGAGUCUGAUGAGUAUGAAAAAUUUGACAAGGGAUUAAUGCAGUAUGGAUGUGCACAUUACCGAAGGAGAUGCCGCAUACGAGCACCAUGCUGCAAUGAGAUUUUUGAUUGCCGGCACUGCCACAAUGAAUCAAAGAAUUCGAUCAAAAUUGAUACUCCUACGCGACAUGAACUUCCACGCCAUGAACUGCAGCAGGUCAUAUGCACAUUGUGUGGCACUGAACAAGAGGUACGACAAGUAUGCAUCAACUGUGGUGUAUGCAUGGGAAAGUAUUUCUGUGAAGUGUGCAAGCUCUUUGAUGAUGAUGUCUCAAAACAGCAGUAUCACUGCCAUGCGUGUGGAAUAUGUAGAAUUGGUGGCAGGGAGAAUUUCUUUCACUGCUCAAAAUGCGGAUGUUGUUAUUCCAAAGUGUUGAAGAACAGUCAUGCAUGUGUUGAAGGAGCCAUGCAUCAUGACUGUCCAAUCUGCUUCGAGUACUUGUUUGAGUCAAGAAACGAUGUCUCUGUUUUGCCAUGUGGUCAUACAAUUCAUGAAAAAUGCUUGAGAGAGAUGAAGGAGCAUUGCCAAUUUGCAUGCCCGCUCUGCUCCAAGUCGGUAUGUGACAUGUCGAAGGCAUGGGAAAGACUGGACGCGGAACUAGCGACUCUGUCAAACUCCUUCGAUGAUAAAAUGGUUCGCAUAUUGUGCAAUGAUUGUGGGGCAGUAUCAGAGGUGCAGUUCCACUUAAUUGCACAUAAGUGCCAUAAUUGCAAGUCGUACAACACCCGGCAGAUUUGAAGUAGUGAAGCCCUGGAGGGAUUCUACAUUCUUCCUGGAAGUUGGUGAGAGUGCUCCGGCAGUGGAGAUUAGUUCGUCUACGUGAUGUUUGCCGUGAAGGCACAUCACUAGACAAUUUAUCAGCGUCCUCUGCAGUUAGCUGCCCUGCAUCGUUUCUGCUAGUUCAAAAAAGUGUGUAACAGUUUCCGCGCGUCCGUUCAAGCCUUGCAUAUUUCAGCACUGGGCAGACUGGUAGAAUUGUGCUCUACUCGAUUGGUAUCAUUUCCUCACCAUUGGCCAGGCCUGCAACGGAUAGGAUCUCCUCUCCAGGGAGAGUGUUGUGUGCAUGCAGCAGGCUGUGUGGCAUAGGGUUUAAUGGUUGCAAAAUGUCUUGAUCAACAAUUUCCAUUUCAGCGAUCACCAAGUUGGGCUGUCAUUUCCGGGUCUA